UCAUGUUAGGUGGAGGUCAUUUAGAUUGUUCAGUCAUUUGACUCCCUUAUUUCCAAACAAUCACAACUACAUCUUCAGACUGGCAGGAUCUUAUUUUUCUCUGUUUCUUCUUCGUAGAGGACGAGUAGAUGGCAAUAAAAUUGUGUUGCGUCCCCAAGGAUCCACUGGGGGAAGUUGAGACUUGGAGUGAAUCUGUGGACAAAGUCCUUAGUUGUAAAGCCGGACAGAUAGCUUUCCGGGAGUUCCUGAAGUCCGAAUACAGUGAGGAGAACAUACUGUUUUGGCUCGCCUGUGAGGAAUACAAAAAAAUCAAGUCGGCCCCAGAGAUGAUCUCCUCUGCCAACCGGAUCUACUCAGAGUUUGUCCAAACAGAAGCACCCAAACAGAUCAACAUAGAUUGUGGUACCAGAGAAAACAUAACAAAAAACAUCUCCCAGCCGACCCUGACUUCGUUUGAUUCAGCGCAGAAGCUCAUCUACAGUCUGAUGGCCAGGGAUUGCUACCCGCGGUUCCUAAAAUCUGACAUCUAUCAGGGACUCCUGAGGAGAAAAGAUUCAAGGUGACUGUUUAAAACUGACAGCCUCUGAUGGAGGCUCGCAAAAUCUUCUCAACUCUGAUCUGCUGUAGCACUCUUUCAUUUCAGUGUGGA